AUGAUUUUAUUGGAUGAGGAGGGAUCAAGGAUUCAUGCUGUCACCGAUGAAGAAUUGUUCGAAAAACACAAGGGCCUUCUUAUUGAAGGGAAAACUCUUUCUAUUACUUGCUUCUUAUUGAAAGAGACAACCGUUGCAUAUGAGAUUUAUGAUUUUCCAGCAAACGUUGCGGAAAAAUAUUUAACUGUUUUCAAACGUAUCAAGGAGGGCAAGGUCGACAUAAAUCUUCUUUUCGAUGUUAUUGGACAAAUUGUCACGGUGGGGAGUAUUGAAUUUGUUCAAAGUAAAGGCAAUGUUUACCUUAAAUGUACACUAUGGGGAGAAUAUGCAUUGAUGACCGUUGAGUACAUUAAACAACAUAUGGAAUCUGUCGCUGUCAGUCUAAUGCGCUUUGUCUGUAUUCAAGAGUUCAAACGUGUUAUUUCAAUAUCGAACUCUUUCAACUCCACUAAAAUUAUGUUUGAUUCUGACAUUAAGAUCGUCAAAGACUUCAAAGAUAAGUUGCCUAAAAACAACCAAGUAGUUGUUCACACUGAUCAGGGUUAUUCGGAUUUAUCAAUUACUGAGUGGGAUUCUAGAUCACAGGACAUUGGUAAUAAUUCAUUUGGAUCGUCGCAACAUGCAAACAAUCAGCUGAAUAGUCAUGACAUUGGUGAAGAAGAAUGCGAAAAAUCCAUGAGCAACAAGCGUCCUAGGAAGUAA